GCAUUGAAGUGUAAAAUUGUAAAAGUUUCGUUUUGUUCGGCGUUUAAGUUAAUUUUCAUUACACAUUAUGCCGUCAGUGGAACCAUCUAAUGAAACUAAUCCUCCCAGGGAUGAUGGGGUGGAAAACAGCAACUAUAACAGUGGUGCAUUCACCGACGGAAUUACGAUGAAUCACGAUGCAUCGGGUCCAGACCGAAAUCUCAUAUCUGGUGAUCAGGCCGACCACACCGAACAAAUCGAUAUGCCGACUGUGCGUGAGUUUACGCAGAAUGAUAAAAUCAACAAAUUCCUGCUGAAUUCUUUCCUGCAACGCAUAAACGAUGGUUUAAGUUGCGGAGAAGACAACGCAUCGAACGAAACUGCAGCAAUAACGGAAGAACAGGAACAGGACUUUGAGUCGUAGGAUAAUCAGGGUAUCGUCCCAGCUUAUAACAAUAAUUGUAAUUGUAAUCAGCUAAGUUUAGAAGUAGUGGUGCGAUUUAUAUGGAUCAAAGAAUGCAAAUGAAUAAAUAUCGACUUG